GAAAAUAAAUUUUAUAAUACAAAUAUGGCGGAAGUUCCCACUAUAGAAACACGCAGUCGUUCGCGAUCAAAAACGCCGGGUUUGUUGGCAAGUGAGAAUGGAGAUCAUGGAAAAAAGGGAUCGAAAAAGAUUCCUACUAUAAGUUUAAUUGAAGAAGAAGACGACGCUGUGGAAAUUGUUCCAAUAUCACAAGAUACACGUCCAAAGCGUCAACGUCGUAAUGCCAAAGCCGUUACUUCUGAUACGUCAGGUGAUGUAUCGGAAGAUUCGCUUAAAAACAGCCAGAAGAAAAAUGUCAUUAAGUCUGUAACAGUUGAAUCAGUGAGUGUUGUAAAGACGACUAAUGGAAAUGAAGAAUCGAGUGAACAAGUAACAACAUCAGUCAAAUCUACCUCUAAUGAAGGAUCAGAUGCUCUCGAAAAUCAGAGCAUAUUUAACAAUAUCUUCACCGCCAUAAAAACAAGUACACCAAUAUUAUCGAACAAAAGCUCUAAACGUGUAACCCAAAAUGCAAUCAAUUCAGAUGUCAACGCCGCUGAUCAUCCAGCUUAUAAACUGUACAUAGAGGCCGGCGAAUAUUGGAACCAAUAUCCAAAAACUGACUACACAUAUUCCGAGUUGUCUCCUCAUCGUCGUGAAUUAAGUAAUGGCAUCGUUGCUAUGCCAAAUAUGUCACGACGAUCACUUGAAAAGUACCACACACGUGUGGAAAAUAUGAUUCAAAAGAAUCCAACCGAGGAAGGUUUUCUUCGUCGCAAGUUUUUGUCAAACGCUAAUACCUCGUUCCAAAAACGAUCUGCAGACUUGCAAUAUGACUCCGCCGAUGAAAUUGAUGUAUCAAAGUUUCGUAACUCGUACCAAGUCCGUAAGCAGGAAAACUUCAUGAGUCGCUUUGUUUCGAUGAUUAGAAGCAUGUUUGUCUCGUUAUAUGACCGAACAUCGCAAGCAUUCUCUUUAUCGAGAGGAAGACGAUCUUACUAUCCCGUCAGAAAGCAACCUGGAAUCUUCUACAAAGCUUUCGAAUCAUUGAAAAAGUUUUUGUUGUUGACAUUCUCCAAAAUUUAUCUGCUUAUCUCAUCCAUUCUAUGUUUGGAUACUUGGAUUGUUUAUAAUCGUUCAAACAACACGAUGGAAAAUCGUAGACGUAAAAGGUUUAUGCUGACAAUGUUGGUGUUGCUUCCAUUGCUAGUGCUUAGUGGUAAGUUGAGAGAAUCUUUUAAGAGAGAAUUGAAGAUUAAAGUUUAA